AUGUUUAACUGGGACGAAGAGUGGAACAUCUCUUUUGCAGGCUGUGGAUUCAGAUGUAUUUACUACCUGGGAGCUUUGAGCUGUAUCCUUGAGCGGGUCCCACAGCUUGUUCAUGGAGCCUCUAAGAUCUGCGGAGCUUCAUCUGGCUGUCUUGUGGCUGCAGCUCUGGCUGUUGGGAUUCCCAUCGAGCAGUUCUGUGUUGAUGUUUUGACCGUGGCCAAAGAGGCCAGAAAACACACGCUGGGAGUUUUCCACCCGACCUUCAGUCUGCUGCGGACGGUACGGGACACCCUGCUGGAGAAGCUCCCAGCAGACGCCCACCUUCGUGCGUCCGGAAAGCUCUGCGUGUCCCUCACCAGACUGGCUGAUCGGAAGAACGUUUUAGUGUCAGAGUUUGACAGCAGAGAGGAGCUCAUUCAGGCUCUGAUGUGCAGUUGCUUUUUCCCUGUUUACUGUGGUUCCAUCCCUCCUUCAUACCGCGGAGUGCACUAUAUGGAUGGAGCCCUGAGCAACAACAUGCCUCUGUUUGAGCAGAGAAACACCAUCACUAUGGCCCCAUUCUCUGGCGAGAGCGACAUUUGCCCCACAGAGGGUACAUUCAACUUCUUCGAAGUGCACUACAGCAACUUUAGCAUCCAGGUCAACACCGGCAAUGUGCAUCGGAUCUGUACAUCCUUCCUCCCUCCCACACUUGAAAAGCUGGCUGAGAUCUGCCACAACGGCUAUGUGGAUGCCCUUCAUUUCCUGAGAGAAAGAGUUUGA